GAAGAGCUGCCGGAAGUAGGCGGUGGAGGUGGCGGCAGAGCUGGCCUCAGCUGCCAGGGAAACCGAGGCGGGAAGAGCGGCCAGCAGACCCUUAGCACCGGGGGUCAGGUGUGCUCUCCGCACGCCCGGGGCCCAGAGCUCGCUCCGCCUAGGCCGCGUCUGGGGUCCCGCAGCCUCCGUGGGUCCCCGCCUUGCCCGAAGCCCACCAGGGGGCGCCGCGCGGCGGGGCUGCGGGGCGGGGGUCGGACGGCCCUGAACUCCUGGCAGCUCGUGGCCAGGCGUCAGGACACGGCUCGUCCCGCUUGGAAGGUGCGCCAGGGCGGGGGCCCCGAGGCCUCAGCCCCGGACCGAGGCAGGGGUUCCUGGGGGGCUCAGAGGGCGCGUCGCCCUCUGCCCCCGCCGGCACCCUGGCUAUGACAGGCAAGUCGGUGAAGGACGUGGAUCGGUACCAGGCGGUCCUGGCCAACCUGCUGCUGGAGGAAGAUAACAAGUUCUGUGCUGACUGCCAGUCCAAAGGGCCUCGGUGGGCUUCAUGGAACAUCGGCGUGUUUAUUUGCAUUCGAUGCGCUGGCAUCCACAGGAAUCUGGGGGUGCAUAUAUCCAGGGUAAAAUCAGUGAACCUCGACCAGUGGACUCAAGAGCAGAUUCAGUGCAUGCAGGAGAUGGGGAAUGGAAAGGCAAACCGACUCUACGAAGCCCACCUUCCUGAGACCUUCCGGCGGCCCCAGAUAGACCCAGCUGUUGAAGGAUUUAUUCGAGAUAAAUAUGAGAAGAAGAAAUAUAUGGACCGAAGUCUGGACAUCAAUGUCCUUAGGAAAGAAAAGGACGAUAAGUGGAAACGAGGGAGUGAGCCUGCUCCAGAGAAAAAGAUGGAACCUGUUGUUUUUGAGAAAGUAAAGAUGCCACAGAAAAAAGAAGACGCACAGCUACCUCGGAAAAGCUCCCCGAAAUCCGCAGCCCCUGUCAUGGACUUGCUGGGCCUGGAUGCUCCUGUGGCCUGCUCAAUUGCAAACAGUAAGACCAGCAAUGCGCUAGAAAAAGAUCUAGACCUUUUGGCCUCCGUUCCAUCCCCUUCUUCAGCUUCCAGAAAGGCUGUAGGAUCCAUGCCAACUGCAGGGAGCGCCGGUUCUGUCCCUGAAAACCUGAACCUGUUUCCAGAGCCUGGGAGCAAGUCAGAAGAAACAGGCAAGAAACAGCUCUCCAAGGACUCCAUCCUCUCACUGUAUGGAUCCCAGACUCCUCAAAUGCCUGCCCAAGCAAUGUUCAUGGCUCCGGCUCAGAUGGCAUACCCCACGGCUUACCCCAGUUUCCCUGGGGUUACACCACCCAACAGCAUCAUGGGGAGCAUGCUGCCCCCACCGGUAGGCAUGGUGGCUCAGCCGGGAGCCUCUGGAAUGGUUGCCCCCAUGGCCAUGCCUGCAGGCUACAUGGGGGGCAUGCAGGCUUCCAUGAUGGGUGUGCCCAACGGGAUGAUGAGCACUCAGCAGGCUGGCUACAUGGCAAGCAUGGCAGCUGUGCCCCAGACUGUGUAUGGGGUUCAGCCAGCUCAGCAGCUGCAGUGGAACCUUACUCAGAUGACGCAGCAGAUGGCUGGGAUGAACUUCUACGGAGCCAACGGCAUGAUGAACUAUGGACAGUCAAUGGGUGGUGGGAAUGGCCAGGCAGCCAAUCAGACUCUCAGUCCUCAGAUGUGGAAGUAAAGCAAAGCACCUGUAUGGCUGCCACUCUCUUCAGCCCUUGCUUUCCCCCUUCCUUUUCUUUCCCCAGCACCCUCCUUCCCUUUUUCCUACCUCUCUCUGUUUGGUUUAGAAAUUGCUCAUAAGUCAUAUGGGGUUUGGCAUCCUGCCCAACCCAGUCCCUUCCCAAACUCACAGCCCUCUCUGUUGCUUUAUGUGGGUCGGGUCCCCUGAUUCCCUCCCCACCCCAGCCUCCCC